AUGUAUUACACUGUUUGGAAAGAUAAUUUCGUUUGGCGGAAUUACGGAAACAGCGAUUUGGUAACCCACAUAGAAAAAGAAGUUGAUGGAAAAACACUUAAAACAACAGAAACCGUGUUUAAAGCGGAGUAUUAUGCAUCGGAAAAAAAAGAAUCAAAAAAUGGUCCAAAUGCAUCAAAGUUUUAUCGACGAGUGGCAAUUUUUCAGAAAAACCCAAGUUUAUCCGUGGUAUACUAUUAUGGUGAGCUGCUUAAAACCACCUUAUCUACUGCUAACGUUCUCGUUAUUUUGUAGGCAAUAUGGAAAAUGCGGUGUUGACUGAAAGUCUGCCGGUGGCGGUUAGAGAACAAGUUGAUCAAGCAGUGCAUGACAAAGAAACGAACAGUAUAUAUCACGAUUUAAUUGCAAAUAAUGAAGCAACAUCAACAA